GGGAGGCGGGGCGGCAACGGCGGCCAAAAUGGCUCGGCCGAACGCCGCCGGGGCGCUGCGGGCGCUGCUGUUGCCGCUGUCCCCCCGCUCCGUGCCGCUCACGCCCCGGGGACCGGCCGCCUCCUACGGGACGCAAUGAGAAACGCUUCCCUAGUACCUGUGGACGCCGUCUUUCCUGCAGGAAGUACGAAAGAAGGACGAGGAGGAGGAGGAUUAACAGCCAAUACUUCAAUAACAUCUGCCAAAAUCCAAGUGAACGGAGUCAACUUGCAUUAUCAGCAAACGGGAGAAGGAAGCCAUGCAGUUCUCCUGCUUCCCGGAAUGCUAGGGAGUGGUCAAACAGAUUUUGGACCACAGCUUAAGUCUAUGAAUAAGCAACUUUUCACAAUUGUUGCUUGGGAUCCUCGGGGAUAUGGACAGUCCAUCCCUCCGUCUCGAGACUUUCCUCCAGAUUUCUUUGAGAGGGAUGCAAAAGAUGCUGUAGAUCUUAUGCAGGCAUUGAAAUUCAAGAAGUUCUCUUUGCUGGGAUGGAGUGAUGGUGGUAUUACAGCACUCAUCGCAGCCGCAAAGUAUCCAGCUCUUAUCCACAAGUUGGUUGUCUGGGGAGCAAAUGCUAGCGUUACUCAAGAGGACGUGAGAAUUUAUAAUGGUAUCCGAGAUGUUUCAAAGUGGAGUGAAAAGGUUAAGAAACCACUGGAAGAGAUGUAUGGACAUGAAUACUUUGCAAAAACCUGUGAGGCUUGGGUAGAUGGAAUAUCCAGCUUUGCUGAAAAGUCAGAUGGUAAUAUCUGCCAACAGUUGCUGCCUCUCAUUAAAUGUCCCACAUUUAUAAUUCAUGGUGAGAAAGACCCUUUGGUUCCACGCUAUCAUGCAGAAUACAUUCAGAAGCACAUCAAAGGCUCCCGAUUGCUCCUGAUGCCAGAAGGAAAGCAUAAUCUACACCUGCGUUUUGCAGAGGACUUCAACAGACAAGUGGAAGAUUUCUUACUGUAACCUAAACUGUAAAUGCAGAAACCUCAGCUGCUGUGAAAUGUCAUCAACAUGGACUGGCUUAAGCUUGGUUACACGUGGAAUUAUGUACUAUUGCUUUUGCGACCACAAAAUAUCCAGAAUUGUGCUAGCACUGAGAUCUUUUCAUCAACUUUCCUUGAAUUCUGUGUUCUUUCUAUCCUGGCUGUUGUAGUUGCCAUUGACACAUUUCUGCAACACUUACCCACAGGCAGUCUUUGUUACUGCUCACGCAACUCGUGCAUACGCAUUUCUACGCGCUGUGCACAGGCACAGCCUGUCCUUUCAGGCAGCAGUAGGCUGUUACCGCAACAGAGCUGCCCCUCCUGGCUUCUCUGUGGGAUUCACACAAGCAUUUCAGAGAUUUUUUUUGGGUGCCAAGGUAUUCUUGGCAAUCUGCAAAGCAGCAGCUUUAAGCAUUCUGAUUCUCCACCUGAAGGUACCUGGACACUCCCCGACAUGCCUUCUUCCCACAUGCACACAGUGGCUUCCUAGAGCUUAGCUGUUAUGCCAUUAAGGAUUUUGAGCUUCUAAAAGGAAAAUACUGAGUUCAUAGAUGCUAUAACACUGGUUUCUUUGUAGGUCCUUGCUGGUUUUGGGGGGGUGUAGCUCCAGGUUUUAAAAAUGAGUACCUAAAGUGAGGUUCACAUUUAUGUGUCUAAUAAGUUCCCUCCUCUGUAGCCGUGCUGAGCAUCCAUGAACACACAAAUUAAAUGUCAAUUAUUUAAAUGUCAAUUUAGAAUCCUACCUUUAGGCAAACAAACACUGCAAAAGAUCUUAGCCAUCAAUGGCAUUUAAAUAGAUGCGACACUUCCCUAUUGCAUUUUUCAGUCUAGCUUCACCAGGGUGCUCAGAAUUGCAAAUAAAAGUCAAAAUGCCCCACUCCUACACUUGCAGUGCCCGUGCAGAGGAACGCCCAUGUGCCCCCCCCCCGCAGCCCAACCUCUGCCUGCAGCUCUGCAGCCGGCUCCCAGGCUGAACCAAGCCCUCCACCUUUCCCAGUUUCCAAGGCAACCGCAGAGCCUUGGAAAUGAGCUGCACAAGGGAGGCAACAGAAAUCCUGGAACAUUUUAAUGUCUGUCUGUAAUUUCCUAUUGUUUGAAAUAGAAUUGCAAACAUAAAAAUGUGAAAGCUGCUCAAGCAUGCACAACAGACCCAGCGAGCCUAUGGCUUUAUUCUCAUUUAUUUUGGGGGGGCAAUAGCACGUAGUGCUUGGGCACCUAUAUCAGAAACGACGUGACUUUUCGAGCCUUUCUGUUUGAAGCCGAAUGAUUAUGCUCUGUUCAUUAGCUUAUUGUUUGCCUUCUACCUGAUAACGACAGUAUUCCCACCUGAUGCAGACAGUCUGAGGUCACCUUUGGAAUCCGAUGCUUAGACCCUGGCAACAUGCAGUAAGACUGCUUCUCCCGGCAAGAGGGUGGAAUAUUUGUGAAGGUAUUUUUAAUUCUAGUAAUAAAAUGCCAUAAAGGAAAAUCUAUUUUUAUUUCAGAAUCACAACCCACUGCAGGCACUAGAGGCGGUUAGGUAGUACAACACGGAGCAUGCUUUUAUGAAUGAACAAAAGCAGUUUCAUUGCAGAGUCUUCCGUGCUUGUGGUUUUUGUACCUGGAUUUUUGUGUUUGGCCAUGAACAAAAGAGGAGAGAGGAUAAGCAUGUAAAGCAACAUCACGUUAAAGAACAAUUCAGGGCACUGUCAAUUCUGAAACAAAGCGUGCUCCUUUUAAGGAAAGAACUGGUUUCUCACAAACCUGAUAUUUCUUCCAAUACCCUGUGGCUUCCUUUGUGAACUUAGACUGUAACCUCUGAGAGUCAGGAAUUUGUGUUUAUGUAGUCAUACAGGACGUGGCAAACAGAACCCCCCUCAUCUGGCUUCCAAAAGUUACCAUAAUAAACAUGGUCAUUAUUAUGUCACAAAAUGACUCCAGAAAGGGAAAAAUAUGUUGAUCAUCAUCAGGCACAGAUUUACUGAGAAGGAGAAAGGCAAAACAAUGCAGCCUCUCAUUAUUUCCCCUUGGCACACCAGAUGUGAUGGGGUAGCAGCCAGAUGGCUCCUGCCCCCAUCCAGGCUGCGUCUACCUUUUAAGAUCGCUCAGAAGACGAAAUCCAUUUACUGUCUCUACGAACUAGGUCCUUCAAUGAAGAUAUGACUAGGAUUCCAGCAUCAGUAUAAAUGAAAUGCUGAUAUCACGCUUGCCAGCCUAGCUUAUUUCCUGCGUGUUGCUGAGAACAAGGCACAGACAGAGACUUUGAUCUGCUAGCCACAGUUUCUUUUGUUCCUGCAUCUCCUUGCUCUAUCUUGCAAUCCGAUAGUUACUUGUAAUUCAGACUGACACCAAACUCUAAACUUUAUCUUGCGACUUAGGAAUUUUGCUAAGAGGUGCUGCAGUUUGUGGUGGGAUUCGAUACGCGUUGUUUAAAAUCACCCGAGUUCUCUGCAGCAGGAGUCAGGGUGCUGUUGCACCAGGUGGAUGAAUCGCCUAACAGCCUGCUCUGCUCUCUCCUGCUUUCAGUUGGGCGCUUUUCCCUUCUCCUUUGCACCAGUUCUCACUUCAACAUGCUGCAAUCCAAGAAAAAGCUUCUUCCUCACCCCAUCUCUCGUCCCUGGCUGUGUAGCUUAGAGAGCUGAAUUGUCCCAUCGAGGGGUCAGACGUGCUCCGGAGGGAAGUCACACAGACACGCAUAAAGGAAAUAACACAAACUUAACACCUGAAGCAAGGCAGCAGGAAUAGUACCAUCCUUUUAGCAGCUGAAGGCUAUUGAAUCAGCCCAGCCCCACCCAUGGAGCUACCCACUGCAGCAAACGCAGUUCUCUCAAUGCCCUGCAAAUCUCUCAUCCAGGCUUGCUCUGCUGGCUUUCUUUCUCCUUGCCUGCUAGCGUGGAGCUGGAAUUUACAAAUACGAGUCAUACCAUUAACUUAUUAACUGUAAGGCCAGGAUUAUGCUGGAUGCACAGAAGCAGAGUGUAAGUCAUCAAUGCCUGAAUUUCAUUUGAUGCUUGUAAAGCCUUUUGCGAGACAGUUUGAAUUCUGCUUGAAAAAUCUGUUUAAUUAUUCACUACGAAGGCAAGCGGUAUAUUUCUGUCGUAUUCAUGGAAAACACAGAAACAUUUUCCAGUGCAGAACAACACAGAACUGUUUACUGAACAAGCUCUACAAUCUCUGCCAGGGUAGCCAUUUCAUCGUCUGGAGCAAAUGUUUUCACAUUCUGCUUGAGCUGUAUUAUUAACGUUGCUGUUUGCAAUGAUAGAUGUACUCUUGAC